GGAAAGGGGCUUCGUGGUGGUGAAUGUUUUGAUGGUCUCCGGGGUGGCGCAGUCUGGAGUUGGAAGUAACGUUCGCUCUGGAGCCGGAUUCCCGAGGAAGGCCGAAGCUGCUGGGCCUUCAGUCAGAGCCGAGGAGUGGAUGGGAGCUUUCCUCUCUUCGCCGUGUCGUGUCAGACCCCUGUGUCCCUGCGGGGCUGGAAGGAGGGAGGCUGGCUUCUCGGCCCGGCCCGGCCCCUCUCUCUCUCCUUUCCUCCCUUCUGCGGCUCUGGGCACUCGCUUCUCUCUCUGGCGUGGCCGGCUGACGCGGGGAGGAGGGAGUCCGCCCCUUCCCGCUCGUGGCCCUUUGGGGGAAGAGGCUUCGAUGCCGAUGCUGCGACGCUUCACCUGCUGGCAAAGAUGGGUCGCAGGAAGUCAAAGCGGAAGCCGCCACCCAAGAAGAAGAUGACUGGAACCCUUGAAACUCAGUUUACUUGCCCAUUCUGUAACCAUGAGAAAUCCUGUGAUGUUAAAAUGGACAGAGCUCGGAAUACUGGUGUGAUAUCCUGUACUGUGUGUCUGGAAGAAUUUCAGACCCCUAUAACAUAUCUUUCUGAACCAGUGGAUGUUUACAGCGAUUGGAUAGAUGCGUGUGAGGCAGCCAAUCAAUAGCAGUGGCUGGAAAAGACUGUGCCAGGAGUUCAACUGUUGCUUCAUUUGGGGGUGGGGGGUGUUUUUGUUACAUAAUGCAUUGAGAAUCCACCUGGAGUGGUUGAGAGAUGGUGACUCAUGCUGUUUUUCUCUAUCAAGGAAUUUUGUCCUUUGGCAUGAAUACUGCGGGGUGGGGGGUGCUCCUUGAAUUUUUAAAAAAACCCUAAAGGCCACCAGUAGGACCUUCAAGACUGGGAAAAGCCAGCAGAAAGUCAGACAUAAUCCCCUCAUCCUGCAGCAUAACUUCUUAGCCUCAGAUGAAGUAGUAGGUGUGAACAUUGGAGACAAUUUAUCAAGUGAGAGUAGUUGUCUCAGUUAGGUAGUGUGGCAACAUGUCUUUGAGUUACUGCCACUGCCAAAAGGAUACUAAUUUUCCUCAUCAACCUUUCUUUUCUUGCAUCAAUUUGUGCACAGGACUCUUCUGUCUUUCCUGGGUAUUUAGAAUAUGCAGUAUAGCAGGGCAAGUGUAACUUCUCCCUGGCAGUUCAGUCUGCAAGAACCUGAUUUUGGCCUUUGUGUAAGACUGUGGCUUCAUAAAAAUGCAAAUAUAUAUAUAUCCCCACAAUUCCAGUUCCAAGUUUGUUUUAAAUGGAGACUAUGCAUCCCAUGAAGAAAGUAUUGCUUUAUCUUCAAGUACUUAUUUAAAAUCCAUCUUAGUUACCAGUGAUGUUAACUGUGUUUCUGAGGCCAGAUUCUCUGUGCCACUGGGUGGGGUUUUUGAGAGUUAUACUAUUUUAAUAAACUUUAAUCUGAGGGAGAAGCCUGCCUACAUUACUGAGGAAUUGUGCCGUUAUCCAAAUAAUAUUUGGUGCUAGUGUAAUGUAUGUGGGUAGUAUUGAGCAACUUUAUUUAAAAUGUCUCUUCUCAACAGGCUUCCAGGUGUGAGGUGGAUGUACACACUGCUUAUUAGGAGUAUCUUCACUUGGUUGCCAGCUUGCUCCCCCUGAUUUCUUACUAGUUAGUUCUCAGUAUGAGAGAGAAUCCCAGUAAAUGACAAGCUGGAUAUAUCUCUACUUCUGCUGCAGAGGUUGGUUGGGAUCCGAUUCUGAAUCUCCUAAUCAGGGAUGGGAAUAUUUUGGGCCAUUCCUUUCUUGCCUUCCUUGGUACUGUGUGAUAUAGUAGGCUCUAGAGGCCUUCGUGGGCCUUCUUUGAUGGGAGGCGCAGCUGCCUGACGUACAUCCACAGAUAGCCACUGCUGGUGCCCUGUCAAGUCCCACAUAUUGAAAUUUAAGCCAACUGAAUUCUAUGCUCUGUUGGACAACAGAUCCCUUUGUCUUUGUAUGUAAAUGAGGAAGCAGAAACCCAUUUUUUUCCUGUGUAUGAGGGACCUCUGCCAGUGACUUGCCGUGAUUAGCAUCCCUUUUUAAUAAACACCAUAAUGGAAAAGCA